UUAUUGCGACCUCUGUCCCUUAAGGCCAAAUGGAUCAGAACGCAUGGCACUCGAGGUGAAACGGGUUCAGAAGGGUUUCGACUGAUAUCUUGAAAUGCAAGAUUAGUCGGAUAGGGGGGUUGACAUGUAUCCACAACCCAUCCAUUGCGCAUCAGCUAAGUAGGUAGGCAACUAAUUUACUACUUCCUCAAUCACGUUGAUGAUCGUCAGGUUUCUUACUUCCUCUUCCUACCUUUCCCUAUUCACAACUUAUGAUGAAGCAAUCUAAGCCGGUAUUUGACAAUGAGCGAAAAUUCAACAUUUAUUUACGUAUCUGAAAGUGUGAGUGUGAGUGUAGGCGUAGGGUCACAAAUAACCCUAGGUUCACAAGCGCAGCCGCCGGAGUGGACUACAACUACAGAUCCGCUCACAACUGUCUUCACGGCGCCGCCCGUGUGCCAGACGCCUUUCGCCUGGCUUAAUGACUGCUACGGCAAAUACCAUUGCGAUGCCCAGUAUUUGCCGUUUUUAUAUACAGACUCUCCCGGCAGCCCUCCGGUAGUAUGCUUACCACAAACCACCAUAUUCUCCGAUGGCUUCACAGAUGGACAGUAUGACUAUAAUCCGGGGAUCUACUGCCCCAAUGGGUUGACAACGGCUACCAGCAUUGGGAACCAGUUCCUCUGUUGUCCUAUUGGCAUGACGUACUCGUUCGAUGGGAAGUACGAUUCAUGUGCGGGAACUGUGACGAAAGGAGUGUUCUGGGCAGGGCCAGGGAACUUGAACUCAGGCACCAUAGCGAGGGCUAUCACAUUAUCUUCCGGGGAUGGCACGACAAUAUUCUUGGGUGCACCUCCAGUUUGGUUGACGCAAAAUUCGCAUAAUUACUUUUCAAACCCGGCCCCAACGUCCAUCGACAGACCGACAGACACGAUCAAAGAACCAACAUCGAAGCAGACUUCUUUGACAAGUCAGACUACUACUCAUAGAUGUUGGGAUAAACGUGACUGCCUGACGACGUCCUUGCCAACGAAUACCCCAGGCCCUCCGUCCCCGGGCCCCUCCCUCGGCGUCAAAGUCGGCGCGAUUGUAGGCGGUGCGGUCACGUUCGUACUUGUUGCGGUGGCAGCCGUCCUGCUGCUUCGCUACCGCCGGCGACGCCUCCUCGCGCGCCAGGACUCCCCCCUGACGGAUCUUGACGCAGACCUAAUACAGCAGCAUUACCAGAAGAAGCACCUCCCUGAGCUGCCUGUAGUCGAGUCGGCGGCCGAGCUCGAAGGAACACAUGUCGAGGGGCACGGGCCGGGGAUAUACGUAUGGAAACCCGAGCUCGAGGGUACGGCGGGGCUAUCAGGCGCAAAGGGAGUCUACGUGAGGAAGAAGUCUGAAUUAGAGGCUAGAUAUAACGAAGUCUUCCCUGGUAGUCCCAUGUCGGAGACCAGGUCAGCAGCCACGACGGCGCCUGAGUCACCGGUUGUUGGACCGUCGUUUACGAGGUAUUCCGUGCCGAGGUAGCUGUUGAUAUUCUAAUGUUCUACAAGUUGGGGAUGUUGAUUCAAAGAUUCGGGU